UGUACACAUGAAUUUGAAAACUCAUCUGUAAUUAUAAUUGUUUAUACUUUAAUUGUAAAAAUGAAUAAUUUAAAGUAUCCGUCAACAAAAAAGUUCAUGAGUGACUAAUUGGUUCAUUAUAAAAACAUUACUUCAUAGUUAUAAAUAAUAUUUAUAUAUAUUUACACUUAUAGAUAAUGUUGUUACUAUAAGUCAAAUAAAUAUUAUUAUUUCUCAAAAAAGAAUCAAUGUUUGAUUGCUUGUUGAAACAACAGUUUCAAUCAUGUUCGAACUUAAUGAAGAAUUUGAUUUAGAUGACGAAGUAUUUCUUAGUACUCAAAUGGUGACAGGCAUAUCACCAUUAAAGACAACGUCAUGCACAUCUAACGUACUCAUAGAAGAAGAUGACGAUGCAUUUUUCAAUAUAUCAAAUUCAAUUAGUGAAUUAGAACCCUUACAACCUCAAAAUGUUGAAUCUAAAGAGAACAUAUCACCUUUCCAAAGAUCAAACAUUAAUAAUUUAAAAAACAGUGUGUCCACAAAUAGGGCUGAUAGUAAAUCAAACACAAGCAAGCUAUUUUAUAAUUCACAAGCUAGUACAUCACUGUUUCAGUUAGACACUGAUUUUGAUUCAGACGAUGAAGCAUUUUUAAACUCCUCUUAUACCCAAAUUGAUUCAGUAGCGGUACCAGAUAGCAAAUUAGAAAAUAAUAAUAUUACUCCACUUAAAGCAUUUCACACUAAAGAUAAUAAUAAAUCAAUGUCCAUUAACUCGUUUAACACAACUGUAACCAGUGUAAAGUCAACAACACCAAAAAGUACUUCACGGAAAUUUCCAGGACCCGCUGGACUUUUAUCAGAAAAUGAAAAUGUAAUUUUUGACGAUCCCACAAGUUUAGAGUGUUUAGAUGUAUCAACAAAUAUUAUAGAAAAUGAAAAAAAUGAAGAAACAUUGUGUGUUCCAUUAAACGAUUCAUCAUUUACUUCAUCGCCUUAUCAACAGUUCCUAUCUGAUUUUAUUACUACGGAUAUUAAUAUUUUGUUAGAUAAAUAUAAUGUGGCUUGGAUAAAACAAAAGUUGCUUCCAUUUACAGCCUCUGGCCGAUUUUUCACUUAUAAAAUACCAUUUUUUGUCUCUGUAGUUCAAGAAAUCGAUUGCUUAUCUCCAGAUCCUACAGUACUUUUAGCUGAUAAAACCGGACAAAUCGGAGGAACUAUUCAUAGAGACGUUUGGGCCCAACUCAGUAGCCAAUUAAAAGCAGGAACUGUUUUAGUUUUAUCAAAUGUUGGCGUGUCGUGUCAAAGAAUUGUAAAGGGGUUUACUCUAAACAUUACAAGUGAUCAUAUGAUCUCUGUAUACAGUUAUUCAGCUGAUGAUAAUAAGGAAGUGAUAGUUACACGUUUGACAAAUCUAACAAACAAACAAAUUGUCGAUGCUGCUAAACGAUGGAAUGUGAUUAAUUUGGAAAAUAUGAAUAAAACGGAGCAUUGUGAAAUUAUAGAUCGAAGUGCUGCUCUGAGUAAUUUAAAAUUUCAUGAUAGUUCAGUCGAAUUAAAUGUUGAACAAGGUUGUCAUCGAUCUUCAGCUAUAGAACAAUUAUCAAGUAUUCCUAAUGACUCUUCAAAGGGUUUCUUUAAACCUAAAAUACCAAUGGCACAACAUUUAUUGCAAAGCAAUCCCUGCAGUGUGCCAGAAGAGCCACCUGCAAAGAAAAUAAGAAAUGAAUGUGACGAUUACAAAACUGAUGAAAAAAAUGUAAAUAAUGAAGUAUCCGUCAUCCAAAGCAUUUUCGAAGAGAUGAGUGAUGAUGCUUUGUUUGAUGAUUUUUACUGUUAAUCUUUGAGUGACUAUUAAGUUAUAAAGGUGUAUUAUUAUUUAAAGCUCUACUUUGUUUUAUUUUUUGUAAUUUGUUCAAAUAGAUUUGAUUUAUUUGCAAUUCUGUUUAAUUUAUAAAUAUUAUUGUUAUUUAAAUAAGUGUGAUACACACAAAUUAUGCUAUGUUGUUGUUAAAAAUUAAUCUGUCCAAAACAUUAUUCUAUAUUUUUAUCUUCUACAUCUAAUUACAGAAAUAUAAUCUUACUCAAGAGUUUAUUUCAGUAUAUGUUAA